AUGAACGCCUUCCGCACCACCACCGCUUUCCGCAGCGCGUCGCUCGCCGCGAGCGCCGGUCGCCGCGCCUUCAGCAGCACGCCGCGCUCCCCGUACGCCAAGAUGACCAUCAUCGGCCGCCUGGGCUCCGAGCCCGAGCUGGCGACGACGAACAGCGGCCUCGAGUACGUGAGAUAUAGCCUGGGCACCAGCACCGGCCGCCGCGAGGCCAACGAGACGAGCUGGUUCAACGUCGCCUGCUUCGACGAGGGCGCGCGCAGGGACUUCUUGCUGAACCUGCCGAAGGGCACUCUCCUGCACCUCGAGGCCGACGCGAAGAUGAGAAGCUACGAGACGGCCGAGGGCCAGAGGGCUUCGCGCCUGAGCCUCACUCAGAGGAACAUUGAGAUCCUGAGCAGGCCCCGGCCCCAGCAGAACGACUCCGACGUCGCCAUGGGUGCUGCUGAGUCCGGUUAG